GCGGUCUUCUACACUUGGGUUUUCUACUCAUCAAAUCUCACUCGACUUCUGUUUCAGUUGGUCGCUCUGUGUUUUCGUCCUCUGUACAAAAACCCAAAAAGGAAAAGAAUUUAAAGAGAAAAAACAAAGACAACGCAUUUUAGACGAGACCAUCUUUUGCUGAUUGAGUUUAUAGUUUUCUUGGCUCAUUUGAGCUACCAAACGGAGGAAGCUUGUGAGUUAUCAUAUUAGAAGCCACUAUGCAGGCUUGUAGUGGGACUGCACUUAUGGGUUCCAUUCAACAGCCCAUUUGGGCAAAGGCUUUCCUUCCAAAAGGGUCAGGUUUUAGUGGAUUUCAUCAUCAGGUUAAACUCAAUUUGGUUAAACCUUGUAGAUCUUCUCAACUUGAAGGGAGCUUGAUCACUGGGAGGCCACCCUCUUCUGUGUCUGUCCCUGCGCCAGAAAUUGGAGGUAAUGAGAGCAGCUUUGUAGACUAUGGCCUCAGCGAUGCCGACCCUGAAGUACAUUCAAUUAUUGACAAAGAAAAGCAACGCCAAUUCAAAAGUUUAGAGCUUAUUGCCUCCGAGAAUUUCACAUCCAGGGCAGUGAUGGAAGCUGUUGGUUCUUGCCUCACAAACAAGUAUUCAGAAGGACUACCUGGCAAAAGGUACUAUGGUGGCAAUGAGUACAUUGAUGAGCUAGAAACUCUCUGUCAAGAAAGGGCUUUGGCAGCAUUUCACUUGGAUGGGAAGAAGUGGGGUGUAAAUGUCCAACCAUUGUCUGGUUCUCCUGCUAAUUUUGAGGUUUAUACUGCACUUCUUAAUCCACAUGACCGUAUUAUGGGUUUGGACUUACCCCAUGGGGGACACUUGUCUCAUGGUUUCAUGACUCCUAAACGACGGGUAUCAGGCACAUCCAUUUAUUUUGAAUCCAUGCCUUAUCGACUCGAUGAAUCUACAGGCCAUGUUGAUUAUGAUAUGCUUGAGAAAACAGCGACUCUCUUUCGGCCAAAACUCAUUAUUGCUGGUGCUAGUGCUUAUCCUCGAGAUUUUGAUUAUCCUCGGAUGAGGAAGAUUGCAGAUGCUGUUGGUGCUUUUCUCAUGAUGGAUAUGGCUCACAUAAGUGGACUUGUUGCUGCUUCUGUGGUUGCCGAUCCUUUUGAGUACUGCGAUGUUGUAACAACAACAACACACAAGUCUCUAAGAGGACCUAGAGGUGGUAUGAUCUUCUUCAAGAAGGAUCCAGUUCUGGGUGUUGAUUUAGAAUCUUCCAUUAACAAUGCUGUUUUCCCCGGGUUACAGGGUGGUCCUCAUAACCACACAAUUGGGGGGCUAGCAGUCUGCCUGAAAUAUGCUCAAUCCUCAGAUUUUAGGGCUUAUCAAAACGAGGUGGUUUCUAAUUGUAGAGCUCUUGCAAGCCGCUUGAUCGAAUUGGGAUACAAACUUGUUUCUGGAGGAAGUGAUAACCACUUGGUUCUUGUGGAUCUCAGGCCAUUAGGCCUUGAUGGUGCUCGGGUGGAAAAAGUUCUUGAUAUGGCCUCUAUCACUCUUAAUAAGAAUUCAGUACCUGGUGAUAAAAGCGCUCUAGUCCCUGGUGGCGUACGGAUUGGAUCACCUGCUAUGACCACCAGAGGUUUUACAGAAAAAGAAUUCAUAGCAACUGCUGAUCUUAUUCAUGAGGGCGUGCAGAUAACUCUUGAUGCAAAGCGGUCAGUUUCAGGUUCAAAGCUCCAAGACUUCAUGAAGUUCGUGGGAUCUCCAUAUUUUUCUUUGAUGGACCGAGUGUCUGAUUUGAGAAGAAGAGUUGAGGAUCUGACUACCCAAUUUCCGUUGCCUGGAUUAUGAGAGAUAUAAAUAGAUAACAAAAUAGAAUGAAAUGUGAGCUAAUUGAGUGCUAUUUGUGAUGAUUCUAUUAUCUAUACAUGUGAUAUGAUGCACAAUUUUGGAUGUUGGGAUGAACAAUGAUCGUGUGAUAUAUUGUCUCGACUUACUAGCUUUGUGCUUAACUUUGUUGAGAAUAAAUUGAAGGAAAAGCAGAGUAUUGCAGCUGAGUUUGGCUUGUGUUUGUUUUA